AUGCCCGUCAUGAUGGCUCAAGCACCCUACGAGAUACGGACGGGCGGCGACGGCAAGAGCAAGAAGCAGAGCAUGGCCGAGCUCAAGCUGCGACGUCUGACCGAACUCAACCAGCGCCUGCGCGAGGACCUCGAGCGCCGCAGGAUACCCGUAUCGGAAGCCGCGUUAGAUCUCAUUGCAUUCACGGAUAAAGAACCAAAGGACUGGAUGGUCCCGUCACGAUGGGGAACGAUUGACAAGCGCGACGACCCCUACGCGCCACAACAGAGCAACGGCUGCUGCAUCACGCAGCAACCCGGUCCCAAUCCCGCGCUGCCCCACCCGCCCAUCUUCGCAACGCCAAUUUUCUCUCCCCUCCGCCCAGGGUCCCGCGCCGACGAUAUGAACAGCUCGACUGCGCAGUCGUGGAGUGCUGCCGAGCACUUCCAGAUGGACCCGCCCGCUGAAGACUUUGCCGGCGCUGAAUUCAUCGACUUCGACAACCUUGACCUGCACUUCAACAUUGAUGGCUACAAUCACCAAGGACCCGCCUCUACUGGGAACCAACUCGCCGAUCUGACCGAGUCGCUCAAUGUCCACCAUCUCCAGGGCCAGUUUCCCCCGCAACUUCCCCACGACCACCAACAUGGCCCCAACGCCAGACAGCAGGCCCAGAAUCUGCCUGGCCAUGGCUUGUCCCAGCCAGCCAGCUCUUUCUUCGACUAUGGCAUGGCCCAGUACAGCCAGGCUGGCACCCCGUCUUUCACCCAGGCCCAGGACCACAUCUACCGCCCACACCAGGGUGUUCCGCCCACGCCAAACAGCAUAGAGAUGCAUGGCGACCCCCAUCGCUAUCUCCAACAAUCAGACCACCACCAGUCGCUGUUCGACCAGAGAUACCAUAUGCGCAAGGACGAUGCGACAUUUACCCCACUAGUUUCGCCUGCAGUGACGCCCCACGAUGCGCGCUUCCAGAUUCCCGACUUCACAAUGCCCGGGGCCUACUUCAGCCCUCUCACAUCUCCUGCCUUGAAUGCCCAGAGCCAACAGCAUGCGCACCACCAGUCCCAGCACACAACAUCCGGGAGCUCGACAGGCCACUCGCCCAUCGAUGUGGAUAUGGAUAUGCUGGGAGAACCUGCCCUGGUGCCACAGGAACAAGGACGCAGGAGUCUACGGAGUACCAACAAAAGGACUGCGCCGCGCACAAACGGCAAUGGCCGCAUACGCCAGUCUCCUAUUGUUAAGCCUAACAGGCGGAAAGCAACCGUGUCCUCCCUCAUUCCACCCAAGGAGGUGACCGAACUCAUGCAGGAUGCGCGAUUGACACGCCCGUCUACCAACGGUCUGGAUGUCCCAAGGACUCGUGAAAGCUCAGAAACCGAUUCUAUAUCUCCUGAGCCUAUGCUGUCGGAGAUGCGACCGCCGCCGAAGCCUACUUCUUCAACGGCUUCCCCUGCCAUGAUGGCCCAGCGCAGCAGCCAGAACGGCACUCCGGCCACUCCUGCAUCUCUCAUGCGGAUACAACCCUCGCCCGAUGUCAGUGGCUCCCAAGAAGUACCACCAAUGCUGGAAGAUCUCACCCUACCAGAAGCAUCACUAGACCGACCAGGGCUAUCCAGGAUCGAUACAGCAAUCCGGAAUGGGGAUGGUGACACGUCUCGUAUGUCUGCGCGGAAGACACCCAAGUUGAAUCCUCUGAGCACGCCAGGCGCCUCCAUGUCAGCCAGACCUAGUCCGAUGCUGGACGCCAUGUCUACCCCGACAAGUCCAGCCUUCUCCAUAACCAAUGGCAAGAAAGACCCAAAACUGGCGCGCAAUCCCAAGAAGAGAAACAGCGUUAGCUCGAGUCUUGUCAGCCCUGCUCUGAGGCCCAAGAUCUCACCAAGCAUAAAACCCUUACUACCUGACGGCGGAAGUGGGGUAACCGACAACACCCACGCCCUUCUCCUAGCAUCCAAAUCAAACUACCAGAACAUACUUGAUGGCACUACCGUCCCCGGAGUCGUCUACCCCACAUCACUUUCCACUAACCUCACUUCAAAACGCACAUCUCACAAGAUCGCCGAGCAGGGCCGCCGGAAUCGCAUAAAUAUGGCCCUCCAAGAAAUGCAGGCUCUUCUCCCCUCACCACAGCUUGGUGCUAUUCCAGACGCCAAAAGCCCCGAGACGAACGCCCAAAACUCCAACAAUUCCAAAGCAGCAAAGGUUGAAAGCGCCAUCGAAUACAUCAAGCAGCUGAAACAGGAGGUAUCGGAGCGGGACGACUUGAUCAUCCGAAAGGACCAAGAGAUGGAUGCACUGAGGAAAGAGCUCGCUACGCUGAAGAGGAAAGGAUCAGAUGUUUUGACUCCCGAGGCAGCAGCCCAGCUCAAAGCUGAACCCUCUUCCAGCCCGAACACUGAGAACGAGACUUGA